GUGGGGGCACUCAGUCUGCGAAGCGCCUGGACGCAUGCUCCUUGUGGUGGGCGGCUUUGACUCGAAGCACAACCUUCGCGAUACCUGGGCUUACUCCACAGAGGACGGCACCUUUGCAGAGCUUUGCGACGACCUCCAGGUUUUCGGCGCAUACCACUCCCUGGCCUUUGAGCAGAAGAGCAGCCGAGCCGUUCUCUUUGGUGGCCAGUGCUGCGUCAACGGGCCGUAUGAGUACUUCCAGGAUGUUCACACCCUGCAGUUCGAAGAGGACCAAGAAGAAGGUUGGAACCGGAUUCCCAUCAGCGGGCCUAAGCCCAGCUGCCGAGCUCAGCACGGAGCCAUCAUCCGAGGAGGGGCCAUGAUCAUGUACGGCGGCGCAAACAAUGUGCAACAGUUCAACGAUGUGUGGCUACUGGAUCUUCUUCACCAUGCCUGGACAGAGAUACGGCCAGAGAGGCUCAGCGUGCUACCGCCGCCGGUCGAGACGCGAAUCGAGGAGCAACAUUUUCGAGUGAAGUCCUGCCGAAGCAUUAUCGCCCUCCGAGGCAUGCAAUUGCUAGUGCUGGGCCGCGCCCGAAAGCCCGCCACAGGCCGUUGGGGCCUCUACUCGUUCGACUUGCACAGUGCCUGCUGGAAGGCAUUGCCAACUGCGCAGACAGCACUGUGGCGUGGCAAUGCAGCCGGCUGGGUGACUAAGCUGCCGGACGGCACGGAGGAGUUGUGGGUUCACGGUGGCCACAUGGAGCCGGGAAGUCGUGAGGCCCAGCAGCGGGUGCUUUCGCUGAACUCCGAGCCCUCAAGGCUUAUUCAUCACACCGUGCGUGGCAUCCAGGCUCUGCCGCCUGAGAACCUCAAGCUUGUUUUCUCCUACCUCUCUGGCCACGUGCUGGACCUGCUGUGA